AUGGCGGCCGUGGGUUCGCAGGAUUUGGUAAUACACGAGGACAUGGACAUGGACAUGGACGUGGACAUGGACGUGGACAUGGACAUUUCAGCCUUGAAAUUUCUCUACAUUAUUACAGAUUACCACAAAAUAAUCACCGCUAGCAGCUUUGGGGCCAAUGCUGGUGUUUAUGAGAGGCCCUACCUGCCUCAGCCCAAAUCCUAUCUUGAUGGGCACCUGCUGCCUGAAAAGGCCUCGAGGCAUUGGUGCAGCCUGUUCACCUUAUGCUGUGCCAGAGGCCAUGCAGCUUUCAUUUUGGAAACCUCCACCAAGGCAGCAGGGCCUCCAGGACAGGACUCACAUCAGUUUGUGUUUCUCCUGCAAACUUCAGGGAAAAGCCACGAGCAGCCUCGCCAGAAGCAGUCAUUUGGCAGCAGGACAGAGUCUCAAGAAGUCACGCUGGUAUCUGGGUGCCUUGCGUUCCACGAUAUUUCACCGCAAGCUCCAACACAUUUCCUAGUGAUUCCUAAGAAGCCAAUUGUCAGGUUAUCUGAAGCAGAAGAUUCUGAUGAAUCUCUUCUUGGGCAUUUAAUGAUUGUUGGCAAGAAGUGUGCUGCUAACCUGGGCCUGACCAAUGGAUUCCGGAUGGUUGUGAAUGAAGGGCCUGAGGGUGGGCAGUCUGUCUAUCACGUACAUCUCCAUGUUCUUGGUGGUCGUCAGUUGGGCUGGCCUCCUGGCUAA